CAGGCGGCGAGGAAAGGGUUAAGGGCCUUUUUGACUGAAGAGCUGUGGAUGCAGUUUGCGUAAUAUCUUUAUUACUGAGAACUUCAAGGAAUGAAUGCUGAUACUUGUGUUUCUUAUUGUGAUCCGGCUGCCAUGGAUUCCUACUACAACGCAGCCUCCCAGAGCACAGAGGGCUCCUCGCCUUUUAGGGCAUUUCAAGCAAGUGACAAGUUCAGCCCUGCUUUCCUGGCCAGCAAAGGACAAGGCUUUGGUGACAGCAGCAGUAAGUGCCGGAGCCGCUAUAGCCAGCAGGAAUGCCAGUCCCUGGAUGGCAGCGGGCAGGCUCCCAGCUCUGCUGGGGCACAAGGCUCCUUUAACAAAUACCAGCAGCAGCAGCAGCAGCAGCAUCUCUACAUGCCGCGAGGCCCCUGCAAAACUCCCCCGGAGAGCAACCUCAAGCUGCAGGAGACCAGCAACCACAACGGAGCCCUGCAGGUCUCCUGCUACGGGAAAGAGAGCUCCUUGGGAGAGGCUGAGUUACAGUCAAGCUCUGACCCUGCGGGAAUGGACGGCAGCUACCUCAGUGUGAAGGAGGCCGGGGUGAAGGUGCCCCAGGACAGGGCCAGCACUGACCUCCCCAGCCCCAUGGACAAGGCCGACUCAGAGAGCAACAAGGGCAAGAAGCGGCGGAACCGCACCACCUUCACCAGCUACCAGCUGGAGGAGCUGGAGAAAGUCUUCCAGAAGACCCACUACCCAGAUGUCUAUGCCAGGGAGCAGCUAGCCAUGAGGACUGAUCUCACUGAGGCCCGAGUACAGGUUUGGUUUCAGAACCGACGGGCAAAAUGGAGGAAGCGAGAACGGUUUGGUCAGAUGCAGCAGGUUCGCACCCACUUCUCGACAGCCUAUGAGCUGCCCCUCCUAACCCGAGCAGAGAACUACGCACAGAUCCAGAACCCAUCCUGGAUUGGCAACAAUGGUGCCGCCUCCCCCGUCCCCGCGUGCGUGGUUCCCUGUGACACGGUGCCCUCCUGCAUGUCCCCCCAUGCUCACCCCCAUGCAGCUGGCGGCGUCUCCGAGUUCCUGAGUGUCUCUGGCCCCGGCAGCCACGUGGGACAGACUCACAUGGGCAGCCUCUUCGGCACCGCUGGGAUCAGCCCGGGCAUCAACGGCUAUGAGCUGAGCGGCGAGCCUGACCGCAAAACCUCCAGCAUCGCGGCCCUGAGGAUGAAGGCAAAGGAGCACAGUGCUGCCAUCUCCUGGGCGACAUGACAGGGCUGCAGCCAAUGCCCUCAAGACACUGACAGAACAAACGGGGACAACCAAAAAAACCCACCAGCCGCUUGGACUCAAGACAGCCAUUGCCUCCUUGGGGAGCCAAAUGCAGCACUUUUAGCUAUCCUAGGUACGGCGAACACGUACUUUACCAUAAGUGGCGUGUUUCAAACGUACACACAGGGAGCUCCCAGCUUCCUGUGCUCAAGCAGGAUAAGACGAAGUGGGGGAGUCGCUCCUAUCCCAGCUAGACUUGGGUUUUCUUCUAACAGGUGGUGUUUCCCUUUCACUGUCAUGCUUGUGUUUCCCAAUAACCAGGGCAUUUUUCUCCCCGUGCUUUUUCUGACACCAGCUCAGACUUUCCAAUCAGCCACCCAUCAAUUUCAGUUGGUUUCCCCCUCCCUCCAUCCAUGUAUUGAAGUGUCAUUUCUAAUCCAUUUUAUUCUGUCCCCUAUAGGCAACAGGUGCGGGGGUGAUGCCUGGCACCAGCAAGGAGGCACCUCCUGGUGUGGGCGCAGGGCCAUCACUCUUGGCCUCUUAACAGGAGUCACAACUAGCGAUUUGAGUUUGCAAUAGAACUGGGGGGAGAAUCUUGGCCCAAAAGAAAGAGAAAUUACCCCCAUUGACUCCUGCCCCGGUUCCUCUCAGUGUUGCACAAGCUUAGCCGAAGCAAAGACUUGCAGAGACGCCACGGGAGCCUGGGGAAAGGGAUGGUAUGUCUUUUCCUACAGCACACCUCAGGGCUAGAGCUGAGUACCACCACUGCUGGAAAAGCUUCAAGUUACAGGCUAAGCCUAUCAGCCACACCCUACUUCACUCACCUCCAUUCAGGCUCAUUAAGGGAGAUAGGCGCUCCCCAGUGCCCCUUCCCUGCCUCUUAGGUGCUCAGAGGGGAUUAGCACCCAAUAAGCUGAGGUUCCUUUGCCCCGUCUAGGAAAAAGCUGGUGUGUGUUGGUUUGUUAGCACAGGUCCACAGCAGGGAGGGCAUGGCAGGCCUUUAAUCUUCCAUCUUUUUAAAGAGGUGUUUAUCGGGUCAGCAGUUACUGGCAUCUACCUACAGCUAGCAACUGUAUAAGUGCAGCUGCUAUGUGGGCCCUACCUAGCAUGAGUCUGUUGGUCUUCAUAGCAGACACAAGAUUCCCUUGAAUCACAGCUCAAGCGCUAGCAUGCGCCCCCUGCUUGCAGGCUUUCAUGUGUUGUGGAAUCCUCCACGCACACGCAGCCACUGUACUGGAGUCAGUAUGUACGGAAUGAUCCCGUGUCAUUUCACCACCAUCCUCCUACUGAACAGCAUGCAGGAGGGGGUCAGUGGCCUCCAGUCUGCAUCCUCUGAAAUGCUGGUCAGCAGGGUGCAGACAGGUAGAACCUCCCUGGGCUCGCUGUUUCCUUUGAGUCAAUGGUACUUCUUGAUUUCUCACUGUAGUUCCUAUUUGUUUCCUGGUACCCGGGGCUGCAUUAACUAUUCAAAGUUAAACUGUAAACCUUUGGGUGAGUUUUCCUGUGAGGCCAAGUUCUUCCCAACCUUUCCAUUGAGUCUGUGGUGCCAGGGAUAGUCUCAGAAGCACCCAUUGCACCAUUGCUUAAAGCCAUGGAUACUUGAAGCAGCACUAGAAACAGCACAGGGUAAUUGUGUCGGCAUAUGUAACACAUGCACAUGACUCAAGUGAUGAUGUUAAACAGCAUUGACUAGGGGCAGCUGGCUUUGGCACCUUGGCUUACGAGAAAGAGAAGCUGCAUGAUAGCUUCACCUCUCUCUUAUCACAAGAGCUAGGGUGGACCUGGCUAUCCCAUGUGACGUGGAGGCUCAUUUCAUCCCACGUGUAAAUCCAGUAACUUCCAGAGCAUUCAAUCAGGGUGAACUUGGCCUAACAUGUUAGGGACAAUAGGGAGUGCUAUUGUAGCCAUGUCAGUCCCAGGCUAUUGGAGAGACAACGUGGGUGAGGUUCUUUCAUUGGACCAACGUCUGUUAGGGAGAGAGACUUGUCUUUCUCCCUAACAGAAGUUGGUUCAAUGAAAGACAUUCCCACAACUCCUUGUCUCUGGGUGCUAGGAAGUCAGUUCAUUUGCGAGUAUUAAGGGUUCUUUUCAGAGUCUCGUUUCACAAUGGUUUGGAAUGUCUCCAAAGAAACUACUUCCAAAAUUCAGGUUUCUGGCUAUGUGUAUAUAUUAUUAUUAUUUAUGUACUGCCUAGCACACUGCUGUGCCCUAUAUAAAUAAUACAGCUAUAUUAGAUCUAACAUUCAUAUGUAUUUAUUAGACUAAGUGAAACUAAUACUUCUGUCUCUUUUUUCCUCAAAAGUCUUUGGGGUCAGUAGAAUUCUAAGCGAAUCUUUCCCCCACACUCAGCAAUUGGGACAUGCACAUAUCCAGAAGUCCAUGUGAGUCUAUGUCAGCCAAGGAUGAGCAGGAGUUGUGCCGCAGGGUAGAAGAUUAGCUUAAUGAUCAGCCAGCAGUUCUCAAACUUCAUUGCAAUCCCCUUCUAACAACAAAAAUUACUCCACAACCCCAGGAGAAGGGACUGAAGCUGGAGCCUGCCUGAGCCUGGCUGCCGCUGGGGGUGGGGCAAAGCCUAAGGGCUUCAGCCCUGGGUUGGGGGGGGCGCUGUAACCUGUGCCCCGCUGCCCAGGGCUGAAGCAGUAGGGCUUGGGCCCCAGAUGUUGGGGCUCAGGCUUUGGCUUCAGACCCAGCCCUGGGCCCCAGCAUGUCUAAUGCAGCCCUGGUGACCCCAUGAAACCGAGUUAUGACCCACUUUGGGGUCUCACCCCACAGUUUGAGAACCGCUGGAUUAGGCAUAUGGUCCCUGAGUGGGUUUUUAAGUUGCUGCAACAAGGCUGCCUGCCACAUUGGCCAGAGUCACGGGGGGGAACUUAGGCCCUUGAAAGUUUCUCCAGUUUUCGUGUAUGUUUUAGAGCGACACUGUCAAAGUUUAAAAAAAAAACCACAUUUUAACUCCUUCUUCCACAAAAAAAAAUGCAACCUCCACCCGCCUAGUGUUAGUAAAAGCUCCUUUCCCUAAUAAAAACUGAAGGAUUUUUUAACCUCUAAGGUCCAGAGCAUGGAAUAGAAUCCAAGUAGUGGCCCCAGGGGCUUGUGCAGAGCCCCAGGCUCCAGUUGAAGGACUGAAGGACUGUCUUUUCUCCACUGUUGCAGCUCAUUUCGUUUUCGCCCUUCACUCUGCAUCAACACCAUUGCUGGUCUGGUCACUUUCACCCUCACCCUGCCCUAGCGCAAAGCUCCUGGGUUUGGCUGUCCAAUGCUGCAGGAGAAAAGAGCCAGCUUGCCUUGAUUGUUGUUUUCACUUCCUCAGCCCAUUGCUACCUGGUUUUACAAAAAAUCUUUUAAAAUGUUAUUUAAGCAGAAAUCUAACAGCCAAGCCCCCAGUGUGAUGCUGGGCAGAUCUAGCGCCCACUCCAAACCGCCUCAGCAAGACUGAGCAGCCCUUUGUGAGUUGAAAAGUACUUCUGCCAGCCUCUGCCCUGUAGAGAAGAAAAGAGACAGGAUCCAGGUGGGAUGACCAUAAAGAGGAUCCCUUACUGAGUCUGUUGGACAAAGACAGACUCCUUGGUUCACUCUGGCUCCCAGCGACUUAAUGUCACCACUAUGCUUUUUAAAUCCAGGCGGCCUGAACUAAGCAGCUGUCGGAGGGACUGUUGACUACACUAUCCUCCCCAUACCAGCUGGGGCUCAGCCUUGGAAAGGGAGCAGUGUUCUCCUACAUGCCCCGAUCUCACACAGUUUGCUAAAGAGAUGCUAGAUUUUGGGGGGACAACAAACCUAUCCUGUAAAUUUCAGCUGGAAUUUGAUGUUUGUGUGUGGUGUGUGUGUGGUGUGUGUGUGGGGGGGAAAUGGGGGUGAAGGGAACUCAGUACAGUUCUCCUCCCCCAUUAGCCCAACAUGUGCCUUUUCCCUCAUCCCCACCACUGAAAUGGACUUACAUCUGUCACUGAAAACGAGGUGGCCGUGGGCUACGUAGGGACAGUUCCCAGAAAGUCUCUGCCUUAGCCGAGGAUUGUUGCACUCCGCAGCCUUCAGCAGUAAAACGUGCUCCUUCACUUACACAUCAGGCACAAGCCUCCUCUCACAGGGGAACUACAAACAGCCCCAGCUGGAGGCAGCGCCCGUGCACUACACACAAGGAGAGCUGCUCUUAGCUACCUUUUUAGUGAGAGACAAAUCUUGCCGGGG